AUGCUACUACAAGCGAUCCAGCUUGGUCUACGACAAUCACCACUACUGCAAGCAGUACCCCUACUAGUACAACGGCUACGACAACUAAUACAACCGCAUCUAGCACAAGAUCAGAAGUUGAUGACUCUGAAAUUGAUCAUUUUUGGUUUGAGGAAACUGUUGACAACAAAAGCGUCGACAAUCUUGAUCACGCCGACGAUCUUGAAGACGUUGGCAACUUUAGCUCAUUUGCCAAGAAUGAUGUUGCAAGGGGUUCCGACGCACUGCCAAUUAUUACAACUGCUGCAAGUGCAACAACAACAUCAAAUUCGACAGCCACCACAGUGCAAAAAAGACGCCAUCACAAAGAAUUGGACACUCAAGAGCGAAUUGAAGCCG